CAGCGCCAAAAUGGCGGCGGCGGCGCCUCAGGGGCGGCUCGGCGCCCGCCUCAGCUGAGAGCGCCAAGAUGGCGGCGCUGCGGCAGGGGGACUUCGCCGCCCUGCAGAGCCUGCUGAAGGCGCCGUCGAAGGACGCCGUGCGGCAGCUGUGCCGGCAGUGUUUCUCCAGCCCGCCUGCCGGCCUCGGCCCGCUGGCGCAGCGCGCCUGCCUCGACCUCACCGCCGGCCCCGAGGAAGCGGAGCAGCUGGUAUCCGCUUUGCACAGCCUCACCAGGCAUGUCGUGUACCAUGGCUUGACGAGGGCAGAAGAUAUCCUCUCUCUCUUUCCAGAAAACUUCCACCAAAAUCUGAAAAACCUUUUGACUAAGAUAAUCUUGGAGAAUAUCUCUGCUUGGAGGAAUGAAGCACAAGCAAGUCAGAUCUCCCUGCCUCGGCUGGUCGACAUGGACUGGAGGGUGGACAUCAAGACGUCUUCAGACAGCAUCAGCAGAAUGGCAGUCCCUACUUGCCUGCUCCAGUUAAAGAUUCAGGAAGAUGUUGCCUUAUGUGGAAAUAGUCCUGUUGUUUCUGCACUGACUGUGGAACUGAGCAAAGAAACCCUGGACACUAUGUUAGAAGGUCUAGGAAGGAUCCGGGACCAACUUUCUGCUGUUGCAAACAAAUGAAUACGCCAGGGCAUGGAUUCCAGCAGCAAGGAAGGGAAGUAUUCUCUACCUACAGCUCUCAUAAGUUGCAGCCUAGUGUAACAUGUUUUCUGUUUUAACAAAACAAAAUUAAAGAUAUUUCUUUACUGAGUUAGUAAGAUAGCUUUUGAAAAGCUGACACUUAAAACAUUCCUUUGGUCUGAUACCAAAAAGUGUUUUCCUACUAUGUUGUUGAAUAAAAGCUGGUGUCCAUUUCAGAAAAGCACUUGAGGGCUCAGAGCUUGGCUUAAUCACAAGGGUCAUAACUGGAAAUAGCAAAUAGCUGCAGCCAAUGAAGUAAGUACUAUCUCUCUGCCCUGAAAUUAGGAUCUAAAAGGCUCAAGCUGGUUAAUGGGCUGCCUUCCAGCAUUAGCAGACAAGGAGGGUGCUUCUCUCUGGAAUGUGCAUGUACUGAGGUGCAUGCUGGAUGUAGCACUGUCUCCCUCUCAAUGAAGCACAGCCAUGCUGCAGAUUGUUAUUACAGGAUAAUGCUUUGAAAUAGGGCAAUUAUGCUACAACGCAUUCCCUUCUGAUCAGCUUCAUAGCACCAUUUACAAAAUGACUAGCCUGAACAUCUUUAGCAGCAAGUAAUUUCCUCCUCCUCUUUGAAAAAAGGAGUUCAGAUAAUUCAUGUUUGGGUUUAUUGUACUCUGGGCUUUGCCUUCCCUGCACAAAAACCCGUCCGGGACAGUAAAGAAUUGAUGGCCAUUGUCUAUACUGUAGAAAACCCUUCUGUGGCAAUAUGUGCCUAUACUUCCCCAAAGUGUUCUGUUGUUUGUUUGUAUAAAUCUUCAUUUGGUUAAAAAACAAACUGCUAA